AUGCAGUCACCGCUUAUGCCCCCAGUGCCUUAUGCUGACUUCCAACUUUCGUUCGAUCCUCAAUUAUCCAAUCUCUUUCCACAUCCACCGCAAUUACCGCCCUCUGCAGAGCUAUUUUCUCCAUCGGAGACCAACGAGCUCUUCAACUUUUUGGAUGGUUUCGAUGGCAGCAUCUGGGACACUGAGCCUGAUUCAUUAGACCAUCACUCCUUUGGUCCAUUACCAGAAUCUCCUCGGCUUCCUCCCCACUCUCCGUACUCGAAUCCCCACCUGAAAACUGUUCCAAAGCCCAAUCCUGCAGCUCCAUUAUCUCGGCCGCGAAGAACUGCUCGAGUCAAGCCCGGAAGGACAGCUCCCCGGAAUACGAGUAAAUCAUCUAGCCAUACCUCGUCCUCCACAACACCCCCUGCCCAGUCCUUCGAUGAACCUUCAUCGCCAAUGUUGGAUAAUACAUCUACUCAAUCUACUCUGACACAGUCACGCGCCAGUGCACGCACUAAAACACUGUUAUCUACACCACAAAAAAGGUUAAACCAUAUCAUGUCGGAACAGAAACGGCGGAAUGCGAUCCGAGAUGGAUAUGCUCAACUUAUAACCCUUCUGGCACCCAGUGGAAAUGCCCCUGCUUUAGGAAUGCCCACUCGAGGCCGGCCAAAGGGCAGCGGAUCUCGGGCGAAAGCCGGAAAGAAGGUUGGAAACGACGCAGACGGCGCGAAAGGGAAAAGUGGUGUCCUCUUCCGGGCAGUUGAAUAUUGCCGCUGGCUAGAAGAGGGCAGGGAAGCGCUUCGGAAGGAAGUAGCCAGAGUUGAAGCAGCGGCUGAUCUCACUGGAACAUAA